UGCUGCGCUGUCCUGUCUGUCCUAGCGGGUCCGUGAAGGUGAACCCGGCUACUCGCUAUCUUUCUCCCUGCCUGCUCGCUGGAAGCCCCCCGUCUUCCUCCUCAGCCAUGUCUGUGUUCGGCGACGUCCCGCAGGCGCCCCCGGUGGCCGUCUUCAAGCUGAGCGCCGACUUCAGGGAAGACGGCCAUCCCCAGAAAGUCAAUCUGGGCGUCGGAGCCUACCGCACAGACGACUGCCAGCCGUGGGUGCUGCCGGUGGUCAAGAAGGUGGAGCGACUCAUCGUGGACGACCACAGUCUCAACCACGAGUACCUGCCCAUCCUCGGACUGCCCGAGUUCCGCUCGGCCGCCUCCAAGGUCGCCCUGGGAGACGACAGCCCCGCCAUCUUGGAGAAGCGGGUGGGCGGCGUCCAGGCCCUGGGCGGGACGGGCGCGCUGAGGAUCGGCGCGGAGUUCCUGCGGCGUUGGUACAACGGCGUCAACAACACGGCCACGCCCGUCUACGUGUCUGCGCCCACCUGGGAGAACCACAACAGCGUGUUUGCUGACGCCGGGUUCAAAGACAUCCGGCCGUACCGCUACUGGGACGCUGCCAAGAGGGGGCUGGACCUCAGUGGCCUGCUGGAAGACCUGGAGAAAGCUCCAGAAGGUUCCAUCUUUGUUCUCCAUGCUUGUGCUCACAACCCCACUGGAACAGAUCCUAGUCCUGCUGAGUGGAAGCAAGUAGCAAACAUCAUCAAGAGGAGGAAUCUCUUCACCUUCUUUGACUCCGCCUACCAGGGCUUCGCCUCAGGCUCCCUGGAAAAAGACGCCUGGGCCAUCCGCUACUUUGUGUCUGAGGGCUUUGAGCUCUUUGUGGCUCAGUCCUUCUCCAAGAACUUUGGGCUGUACAACGAGAGGGUGGGCAACCUGACAGUGGUGGCGCGCGAUGGCGACAAUCUGUCUCGCAUCCUGUCCCAGAUGGAGAAGAUCGUCAGGACCACCUGGUCCAACCCGCCCUCACAGGGGGCGCGCAUCGUCAGCAAGACCCUCAACUGCCCCGAGCUCUUCGCGGAAUGGAAGUCCAACGUGAAGACCAUGGCCGACCGGGUGCUCCUCAUGAGGGACCAGCUCAAGUCCAAGCUGCAGGCUCUCGGCACCCCGGGGACCUGGGACCACAUCACCCAGCAGAUUGGCAUGUUCAGCUUCACCGGACUCAACCCCAAUCAGGUGAAGUUCAUGAUCAAGGAGAAGCACGUCUACUUGAUGGCGAGCGGGCGCAUCAACAUGUGCGGCCUCACCUCCAAGAACAUCGACUACGUGGCCCAGUCCAUCCACGACGCCGUCACCCAGGUCCAGUAGAAGGCCACGCCCCCUCCAGCCCCGCCCACCCGGGCCUCUAAGCGGCCAACGGGAGCUCUUCCAGGCGGCGCUUCGUGUGACGUCAGGCCAGUACCGUCCUCACCUCCUUUGUAGCUGUCGUCAUGGCAACCUCCACUGUACCUUCUCAAAGUGUCUGUCACCCACUGGACCCAAAUACACUGAAAUAUGAUCAAAUGCUGUCUCACAUCCUCACAGACACUCCAGCAGCUUUACUGAACGUUCUUGCAGGCGUUCUUCGCUUGUCUGAACGUUCUUUCAGGCGUUUUUCACUCGUCUGAACGUUCUUUCAAACGUUCUUUGCUAGUCCGAACGUUCUUUCAGGAGUUCUUCUCUCGUCUGAACGUUCUCUCAGGCGUUGUUCGCUCGUCUGAACGUUCUUUCAGGCGUUCUUCGCUCGUCCGAACGUUCUUUCAGGCGUUCUUCGCUUGUCUGAACGUUCUUUCAGGCGUUCUUUGCUCGUCCGAACGUUCUUUCAGGCGUUCUUCGCUCGUCCGAACGUUCUUUCAGGAGUUCUUCGCUCGUCCGAACGUUCUUUCAGGCGCUCUUCGCUCGUCUGAACGUUCUUUCAAACGUUCUUUGCUAGUCCGAACGUUCUUUCAGGAGUUCUUCUCUCGUCUGAACGUUCUCUCAGGCGUUCUUCGCUCGUCUGAACGUACUUUCAGGCGUUCUUAGCUCGUCUGAACGUUCUUUCAGGCGUUCUUAGCUCGUCUGAACGUUCUCUCAGGCGUUCAUCGCUCGUCUGAACGUUCUUUCAGGCGUUCUUCGCUCAUCUAAAUCGUUCUUUCUGGCGUUCUUCGCUUGUCUGAACGUUCUUUCAGGCGUUUUUCACUCGUCUGAACGUUCUUUCAAACGUUCUUUGCUAGUCCGAACGUUCUUUCAGGAGUUCUUCUCUCGUCCGAACGUUCUUUCAGGCGUUCUUCGCUCGUCUGAACGUUCUUUCAAACGUUCUUUGCUAGUCCGAACGUUCUUUCAGGAGUUCUUCUCUCGUCUGAACGUUCUUUCAGGCGUUCUUCGCUCAACUGAAUGUUCUUUCAGGCGUUCUUUGCUUGUCCGAACGUUCUUUCAGGACUUCUUCUCUUGUCUGAACGUUCUCUCAGGCGUUCUUCGCUCGUCUGAACGUUCUUUCAGGCGUUCUUCGCUUGUCUGAACGUUCUUUCAGGCGUUCUUCGCUCGUCUGAACGUUCUUUCAGGCGUUUUUCACUCGUCUGAACGUUCUUUCAGGCGUUCUUAGCUCGUCUGAACGUUCUUUCAGGCGUUCUUAGCUCGUCUGAACGUUCUCUCAGGCGUUCCUCUCUCGUCUGAACGUUCUCUCAGGCGUUCAUCGCUCAUCUGAACGUUCUUUCAGGCGUUUUUCACUCGUCUGAAUGUUCUUUCAGGCGUUCUUUGCUAGUCCGAACGUUCUUUCAGGCGUUCUUUGCUUGUCCGAACGUUCUUUCAGGAGUUCUUCUCUUGUCUGAACGUUCUCUCAGGCGUUCUUCUCUCGUCUGAACGUUCUCUCAGGCGUUCAUCGCUCAUCUGAACGUUCUUUCAGGCGUUUUUCACUCGUCUGAACGUUCUUUCAGGCGUUCUUUGCUAGUCCGAACGUUCUUUCAGGCGUUCUUUGCUUGUCCGAACGUUCUUUCAGGAGUUCUUCUCUUGUCUGAACGUUCUCUCAGGCGUUCUUCACUCGUCUGAACUUACUUUCAGGCGUUCUUUGCUUGUCCAAACAUUCUUUCAGGAGUUCAUCUCUUGUCUGAACGUUCUUUCAGGUGUUCUUCGCUUGUCUGAACGUUUUUUCAGGCGUUCUUUGUUCGUCUGAACUAUCUGUCAGGCGUUCUUUGCUCGUCUGAAUGUUCUUUCAAGCGUUCUUUGCUCGUCCGAACGUUUUUUUCGGGCGUUCUUUGCUUGUUUGAAUGCUCUUUCAGGCGUUCUUUGCUCGUCUGAGCGUUCUUUCAGGCGUUCUUCGCUCUUUCAAACGUUCUUUCAGAGGUGUCAGCACUGCUUGAACUCUACAGUAUGUAACAUUGCAAAUAUUAGGUGUCCCCAUACUGUAACUAUAACAUAUUCAUAUUCCUUUUGCUUGUUAAACGGACAAAUAAAACCGUAAGAGUGCAACAAAA